AUGGAGAUUGGAGAAAAGCGGAAGGUCGUCGUGACCGUGAAGGAUUAUGGGAAGAAGUUAACGCAGAGUUAUGAUCAUGCAAAGUUAAUAUGUUCGCAUGCCAACUACUACACCGAGGACGACACCGACGCCGAGGACAAAACCGACGCCGAUGACGACAACGACGCCGACAACGACGCCGAGGACGAAACCGACGCCGAGGACGACACCGACGCCGAGGACGACAAAGACGCCGAGGACGACAACGACGCCGAGGACGAAACCGACGCCGAGGACGACACCGACGCCGAGGACGACAACGACGCCGAGGACGAAACCGACGCCCGAGGACGACACCGAUGCCUAGGACGAAACCGACGCCGAGGACGAAACCGACGCCGAGGACGACAACGACGCCCAGGACGAAACCGACGCCCAGGACGAAACCGACGCCGAGGACGACACCGACGCCCAGGACGAAACCGACGCCCAGGACGAAACCGACGCCGAGGACGACACCGAGGACGUUCCUAUACUCAGAUUUUUUUCGACUUUAAAUAA